UGCGGGCCACGGCCCCACGCAGGGAUGUCCCCGACCAGCCUCUUGCUGCUGCUGCUGCUGCUGCUGCGCUGCCAGGGCAGCUCUGCGCAGAUCACAGAUUUCCUCUUUGAGAGCUGGAAGGCGUACAGCGAGGAGUGCCAGCGCAACAUGAGCCGCCUGCCCGCGCCCACAGAGCUCGUCUGCAACCGCACAUUCGACAAGUUCUCCUGCUGGCCUGACGCGCUGCCCAACAGCACCGUCAACGUCUCCUGCCCCUGGUUCCUGCCCUGGUACCACAAAGUGAAGCACAGACACGUGUUCAAGCGGUGCGGGCCGGACGGGCAGUGGGUGACGGGCCCCGGCGGGCAGUCCCUGCGCGACGCCACGCAGUGCCAGAUCGACGCCGAGGACCUGGCAGCGCAGGAGCGCUUCGCCCGCACCUACGGCAGCUUCAAGGUCAUGUACACGGUGGGCUACUCGGUGUCGCUGUGCGCCCUGCUGCUCGCCCUGGCCGUGCUGCUCGGCUUCAGCAAGCUGCACUGCAUGAGGAACUACAUCCACAUGAACCUCUUCGCCUCCUUCAUGCUGAAGGGCAUCUCCGUGCUGGUCAUCGACGCCCUGCUCAAGACCCACUACAGCGACAAGGUGGACGACUACAACGUGGGUGUCUGGCUGAGCGAUGAGGCCGCCGCCGGCUGCCGCGCCGCCACUGUCUUCAUGCAGUACGGCAUCGUGGCCAACUACUGCUGGCUGCUGGUGGAGGGCAUCUACCUGCACAACCUGCUCGUGGUGGCUGUCUUCUCAGAGCGCAGCUACUUCACGCUCUACCUGUGCAUUGGCUGGGGCGCCCCCCUGCUCUUCCUCGUGCCCUGGGUCGUCGUCAAGUUCCUCUACGAGAACAUCCAGUGCUGGAGCACCAACAACAACAUGGGCUUCUGGUGGAUCCUGCGCUUCCCCGUGUUCCUGGCCAUCCUGAUCAACUUCUUCAUCUUCAUCCGCAUCAUCCAGAUCCUCGUCUCCAAGCUCCGGGCGCACCAGAUGCGCUACACGGACUACAAGUUCCGGCUGGCCAAGUCCACGCUGACGCUGAUCCCGCUGCUGGGCAUCCACGAGGUGGUGUUCGCCUUCGUCACCGACGAGCACGCCCAGGGCACCCUGCGCUACGUUAAGCUCUUCUUCGACCUCUUCCUCAGCUCCUUCCAGGGCAUGUUGGUGGCCGUGCUCUACUGCUUCGUCAACAAGGAGGUGCAGGCGGAGCUGCUGAAGCGCUGGCAGCGCUGGAAGCUGGGGCAGGACCUGGCUGGGGAGCACAAGCAGAACUGCAGCCACGCGCCCGGCGCCCGCAACGGCCACGGCGGCGAGAAGCACCAGCUGGUGGGCGGCUGCAGCAACGGGCUGGGGCGCAGCCCGGUCCCCGCGCGCCCCGGGCCCCGCUGCCUCGAGCGGCCUGGCCGCGGCGCCGCCGAGCACCUGGCACCAGGCGGCCGGCACCACUGCUACGAGUUCCCCGAGAGCACGGCCGAGAGCAACUUCUGAGCCGCACCGCCCCACGCCUGCCGCCUCCGUCCCCACAGGGUGCGGCAAGGACGGGGCGCUGUGCGGUGCAGGACGAUGGAUGUGCACAGAGCAAUGGAUGUGCUUGGGAUAACAGACAUGCAUGGGACCAUGGGCGUGCAUGGGACAAUGGACAUACAUUGGACAACGGGCGUGCAUGGGACAAGAGACAUGCACAGGACAACAGACAUGCACGGGACAAUGGGCGUGCAUGGGACAAUGGACAUGCACAGAACAAUGGACAUGCACAGAACAAGGCACCUGCACAGGACGAUGGACCUGCGUGGGGCGAUGGCCGUGCAGGACGAUGCACGUGCAUGGGAUGAUGCUCGUGCCCGGGUGACAGCCCUGCGGCACGACAGAUGUGCAGGGGCUGGU